GAGAGAGAGUGGAAUGAUUCCCACCAUGGAUAGUAAUAUUGCAAUGGUAUAUUCACAAACAUAUAACACGAUUGCCAUCUUCAUUUAUUUCUUGAAAUUAAGGCCCUGACGUUGCUAAUAACUGGGAAUGCAUAUCGCUCAAGUGCUACCACUUUGGUGCCCCACGUACUUGGGAAGGGGCGAAAGAGUAUUGCAGCAACCUACCGGGUGUACCAACGAUAACCGGAGACAAGAAACCGUCUCUCCUCUAUGUGGAAACCGAUGAUGAGAUCCGAGACAUCAUUGAGAGAGGUUGGAACUUGCCUCUGGUCAUGCCGGGUGUUUGGAUUAACUGCAACGACAAGCAAACCGAAGAGGAACUCAUCUGUGACGUAGACGGUAAAGGAACUCUGCAAAGCACGACCAAAUGGCUAGCUGGCGAACCGGAUGGUUCCGAGGACGAGAACUGUGUAGCUAUCCCGGUAACUGAUGAGAUUGGUCAGAUGAGUGGCGGCUGGGCUGAUGCACCGUGUCAAGAUGUAUUCAGUACAAUAUGUCAGAUAUUCUUGUAAAAAGUGAUGGAUGACGAAAAAGGGAUAAAAAAUUAAAAUGAAUUUCAACAAAAAGGAUGCAUGAUAGAGUUAAACUCCUAAGAAUCUCCAUAUUAAUUCUUCAUUUUUUUAUACCAAGUAAACAAAACAUUGUGGAUGACGUGCAAUAAAGUAAAACAUGUAGGCCUAUCGACAAAAAUGAACAAGCUGGAAUAUGAUUGAAUCAUGUAAUUUAUUCAUAUUAUCUGAGCAGUUUUAAAAGGUUUUACCCAGCAUGUGACUACAUUCCAGGUGGGUGUUUCAUAAAGCUGUUCGUAAGUUAAGAGCGACGCUGCGAACGACUGGUGAUCCUUCUU